CGGAGGGAGCGCAGGCUGUGCUGGUGGUGGGCGCUGCUGUGCAGCUGCUGCUUGUCCCCGCCGCUGCGGCCCCUCCUGCCCGCUGCCGCCGCCACCGGGGGCGCGCUGCUCGGGGGUGGCAGUGACCAGAGCCCAGGGGGCGCGGCGCAGUCACCCCUGUCAUCGCCGCCGUCCUCCUCGUCCGGCUUUCUCUAUCGGCGUCUCAAGACGCACGAGAAGCGGGAAAUGCAGAAAGAGAUCCUCUCGGUGCUGGGGCUCCAGCACCGACCCCGGCCCAUGCACGGCCUUCCACAGUCAUCAGCGCCCCAGCCGCCGGCUCGCGGAGAGCCGUCGCCUGGGCAGCUGAAGUCUGCGCCCCUCUUCAUGCUGGAUCUGUACAACUCCCUCUCCGCCGCCGGCGAUGACGAUGGGGCUUUCCCGGAGGAGCAUGGGCGGGCAGCUGGCAGCUUGCCGCAGACCUCGCAACCACCCCCUGGUGCCGCGCACUCCUUCAGCGGCAGGAACCUACUGGCCCCGGGACCUAGCGGCGGUGCGUACUCUCUGACCAGCGCACAGGACAGCACCUUCCUCAACGACGCAGACAUGGUCAUGAGUUUUGUGAACCUGGUGGAACACGACAAGGAGUUCUCCCCUCGUCAGCGACACCACAAAGAGUUCAAGUUCAACUUGUCCCAGAUUCCUGAGGGUGAAGCGGUGACGGCUGCAGAAUUUCGAAUCUACAAGGACUGUGUUAUGGGGAGUUUUAAAAACCAAACAUUUCUUAUCAGCAUUUACCAAGUCUUGCAAGAGCACCAGAACAGAGAUUCUGACCUCUUUUUGUUGGACACUCGCAUUGUGUGGGCCUCAGAGGAAGGCUGGCUGGAAUUUGACAUCACGGCCACCAGCAAUCUGUGGGUUGUGACUCCACAGCAUAACCUGGGGCUUCAGCUGAGUGUGGUGACGAGGGAUGGCCUCAGCAUCAGCCCGCGAGCAGCAGGCCUGGUGGGCAGAGACGGCCCGUAUGACAAGCAGCCUUUCAUGGUGGCCUUCUUCAAAGUGAGCGAGGUCCACGUUCGUACCCCGCGGUCAGCCUCCAGUCGGCGCCGACAGCACAUUCGAAACCGCUCCACCCAGUCCCAGGAUGUAUCCCGAGUCUCCAGUGCCUCAGAUUACAACAGCAGUGAAUUAAAGACUGCAUGUCGGAAGCAUGAGCUGUAUGUGAGCUUCCAAGACCUGGGCUGGCAGGACUGGAUAAUCGCACCCAAGGGCUACGCUGCCAAUUAUUGUGAUGGAGAAUGCUCCUUUCCCCUCAACGCACACAUGAACGCAACGAAUCAUGCCAUCGUGCAGACCCUGGUCCACCUUAUGAAUCCUGAUUAUGUCCCCAAACCAUGCUGUGCACCAACCAAGUUAAAUGCCAUCUCAGUCCUCUACUUUGAUGACAACUCCAACGUCAUCCUGAAAAAAUACAGGAACAUGGUUGUAAGAGCUUGUGGAUGCCAUUGA